UGUGUCUUUACCAAGCUCGUUGUUCGACAACGUCGGCAACUUGGCGUGUCAAGGAAGCACCGAAUUUUGAAACAGCGGUUAACUGGGAGACAAUAGACCACAGUUUAUUCUCAGGCUCCCAGGAGGUACAAAAUGAGGUGACGAGCCCUGGCAGAGGGGAAAACAUGAACUCCAAGCUCCUGUUUCUGGGGCUGCUGUACUUUGUGCAGGGAAUGCCUUACGGCCUGCAGUCUUCCCUGCUGCCCAUCUACCUCCGAACCUCGGGCCACUCUCUGACGGUGAUCGGCCUGACCAAAGCCCUCUACUUCCCCUGGCUGCUCAAGGUGCUCUGGGCCCCGCUGGUGGACCAAGUGGGCACCAAAAAGAAGUGGCUGCUGGCCAGCAUGUCGGGGCUGUCACUAACCUGCGUGGCCAGCGCCGCGCUCUCUCCCGCCAGCGAUCUGGUGGCGGUCGCCGCGGCUCUGCUGUGCAUGAACUUCCUGGCGGCGGUGCAGGACGUGGCGGUGGACGGCGUGGCGGUGCGGCUGCUGAGCCGGCGUGAGGAGGUGGGCUACGGCAACGCGGCGCAGGUGGUCGGUUACAAGCUGGGCUCGGUGCUGGCCGGCGGCGGCCUGCUGGUGCUGAUGGACGCCGUCGGCUGGGGACCGCUCUUCGCCGUGCUUGGCUGCGUCUACGCCGCCGUCACGCUGUGCGCCUGGAGGAACCCCGAGCUGGACGCCGCCCCGUCCCAGGGCCCUGCCUGGGAGAGGAGGGGGCAGGGGGGCGGCCCCUACCCCUGGAGACUCUGGAGGGAGCUGCUGGCCGUGCCUUCCACCGUGUGGACUGUGGUUUUUGUCCUCACUUACAAACUGGGAGAGCAAGGAGCCGUGACCAUGUUCCCCCUGUUCCUCCUGGACCAUCACAUGACCGCGGCAGAGCUGGGCUUCUGGAAUUCCGUGGUUGCCAUGGGAUUCUCCAUACUUGGCUCCUCCCUCGGUGGCCCGCUACUUUCCAAGUACAGUGUCAGAUCUCUGAUGAGAAACACCUUUAUGUUGCGAUUGGUCAGCAUGGCCUUUCAGACCUGCCUCCUUGGUUUCCGGAGCCAUUCUGUCCUGAUCAAAGGUGCAGCCGUGUUGAGUUUGAUUGCCCAGCACUUCCUUGGCGGACUCAUCACCACCCUCACCUUCACGACCAUGAUGCACUGCACACAGCGAGCCGAGGAGAGAAUGCAGGCAACGCACUACAGUUUCCUGGCAACCCUGGAGGUGUUAGGGAAGCUGUGCUUUAGCGUACUGGCUGGGUGGGUGGUGGACUGGGCGGGGUUCCAGGCCAGCUUCCUCCUCUUCCUCUUCCUCUCUGCCGCCGCCACGCUGCACGUCUGGAACGCGGCGGAGAUCGGGGGCCAGAGGAAGUAGUUACGCUUAUGCGCACGUGCGCACGUUUGCGUGUGCGUACGUCACCGUGUGCUUGCUGGUGCGCGUGUGUAUGUGGGUCUGCCUGUGAAUGACUUAUACAAAAUCAAGACAUUCCUGACCUUGCAAGAAAUGAGGUCCCUUCACGACCUUGUUUAACUGUGUGCUUGAGUGCAUUUCAAAACGAGUGCAUUUGUGUGUAUUCGCGUGUGUGUGUGUGUACGUGCACUCAAACAAUGGGACAUGUUCUCCAGUGAUUCUCAGGGGCAUUGCCACCAUGUGACUUGUCGAGCGGGGGGGGUGAGUUCAAUAUUUAUUGGGGGGCACUCUCCCGAACUCAUUCUGGGGCCCACCAUUAACCUAUGGAAGUUCUGGGGCCCACUGAAUGUGGAUUUUACGGAUUUUUUUACAGAGUUAUAUGUACUGUACAGAAUCAGUAAAAUCACUGCAGAUUUUAAUGAGUGUUUGUGAGGGGCUGUCUCUGGACUAACUGGCUACACAGUUAGCGAUGAGAGCUGAGUGUGAUGGAAUGGGAGAAACACACACAGAAACGCACUCACGGACGGACAGACGUGGGAGGAGAAGGCUGAAGGUAGCGAAGUUGAAAACCUCUCGCUCUCAAGUUCUGUGCGCCUGUGUUAUGUCACCGAAGCGAUGCCCCUUUCCCAGCAUGCUCUGCAGCUGACCUUGGGGCGUGGCACGGCGCUCUGCGGCGACGGCGAUGGGAAGACCACAGAGCGUCAUGUGAAGCACUGCUGUGGCUCGUCUCGCACAAAAUAAGCCAAUCGCAAUCCCAUGAUGUUUCAUGGGUUUUAAUUUAUUUCAUUUUUUUGGUCUGUUCUAUGAAUGGUAUACUUACUAUGUUUUUACCGUGACCAAUAAAGAAAUCUGAAAUAA